AUGUCCUCGACCGUGCUCCGCGCUGAGAGCGGGACGGAUGGUCUGUCUGGACUGGCGCGCGGUUUCCCAGCCAGCCAGGCUGUCUCUUCUGCCUCUGCCUCUGCCUCUGCCUCUGCCUCAGCCACUGCCUCUCGCAGCAGUCCGAUCUGGUCGAGUCCACCACCACCACUACAACAACAACAACAACAACAACACGACGCCACCGCUUCUGCCGCUUCUGCUGCCUCUUCUGCUGCCGCCGCUCCGUCUUCUGCUUCUGCUUCUGCCUCUGCUGCUUCUGCUUCUCCGUCGUCCUCCUCCUCCUCCUCCCCGUCGCUCAGCGAGCACCGCCAGUCACUCAUGCUCGCGGCCCAGCGCGCAGGCGGUGUUCGCCGCAUCCUGCUCGACCCGCGAGUGGCUGCCGGGCCGUCGCACAUUGUCAUGCUCGUGUUCCUGCUCUCGCUGAUUGUCUUCAUGUUCGCCUUCGCCGUCAAGCUGGGCCCGUCGGACGCGCUUGGCGAGCGCGACUCAGUCGCUGACGACGCGGCUGGAGCAUCGUCCUCGCCAUCGUCAUCCUCGUCCUCAUCGUCGUCCGCGUCGCUACUAUGCCAAAGAGUACACGUACCAGGAGAAGUCAUCCGAGAUGCGCACGUCUACGUUGCUGGCCUCCCGCAAGACACCAGCGCCGUCGAGAUUGGCCUACCGGUUGAGCAGAUCAAGCACACGUUGGUGGUUCUGCCGGCGAAUCCUAGCAGCAACGAGGACGCUCUGAUCCACGUCACUCCUGCCGCUUCCAGGACGCCCAUCCUGGCGUCAGACCUCAGCACGUUCGAGUUGCAAUCUACCAAGGAGAACGGCGUGGAUGGCACGACGCUGGCUCAUCCCUUCUCCAUCGCUACAAGCAGCAAGUCAUUCGCCACCAACGCCACCUCGAGCAGCCCGCCGCAUGUUCUGGAUGCCACGCCGUUGUUUGCAGCGUGGAAGGCAGCACCCACAACCCCAGUCAUUUCUGCAUACGUCAAACUCGCCGUGACCACGCUCAGCAGCACGUUCGAACUCGACCUUUCUCAGCCACUUCCAUCCACUUCUGCUUCCGACGAGAUCCUGCUGUCCAACAUCGAAUUUGCCGCCAUCCGAUGCCGCCUCUUCUCCGAACCUUCAAAGUCGCUGGUGCAGUGCUCCCAGCGCAGCAAGUUGCGCUGGACUGCCAUUUAUCGCCCACAAGGAGGUGCCAAAACGCAAUUCCGCCACUGCAUGACGUGCGAGGCGUUGACACAACCCUGCGUCUCGGCGCUCGCGAUGACUGCCGGCGCGGCGUUGGCAUCGCAGGGUCCCUGCUUUCCAGCGAACUGGGACAAGCUGUCUGGCGUCGGAGCUCGCAACAUCCCGCUCCCUUCUGCCUGGUCUGAACUUGCCAUCAACUUUACCACCACAGAUCCAAACGCACACUUUGUGACCUCAGUCCCUGCCGACACAUCCAGUUUGGUAAUCCGUCACCAGUCGGAUCCCCUCAUCGUGUCGGGCGCGCUUGGCUCUGCAGACGGCACCUUCUUUCUCACGCACGACCAAGCUCUGGAAAUUAGCGCCGAUCUGCAAAUGAGCGCCCUCGUCUUGUUUGUCGUCAUUGGUGUCGUGACGAUGGCGCGCUCCCUGUACAUGGCGCGGGCUCUUCGAUCGCAGCCAGUCUAUGCUCGUCUGCCAGCGGACGGGCUCGACCGAUUGUGA